CUUUCCACCGUCCCGCCGAGUGAUCCCAAGCAGCCUGCAAGAUGACCAUCAACACCCUGGCUAAAGGAGGCUGGAACCGGGAGCAAAUGGCGUGCUUUCGAAAGAUGGAGAAAGUGAUUGUGGCCAUGCAGGACCCUGACAUGGGCAUGAAGAUGAGAAACCAGAGGCUCCUUAUUACUGUCAUACCACACGCCAUGACAGGCCGGGAUAUAAUUGAAUGGCUGAUGCAGAAAUACAAUAUCAGCGAGGAGGAGUCUCUGCAUGUUGGUGGCAUGCUGGUGAAAUAUGGGUAUAUUUACCCUCUUAAAGAGCCCAGAUCCCUUGUGUUAAGGCCAGAUGAGACUCCCUACCGCUUCCAGACUCCAUACUUUUGGACCAGUACCCGCUGGCCUGCCUCAGAGCUGGACUAUGCAAUCUAUCUAGCUAAGAAGAAUAUAAGAAAACAAGGAGAACUGAUGGAAUAUGAAAAGGAGAGAUACAGUGUGCUGCACAAGAGGAUCAACCACACCUGGGACUUUGUGGUGAUGCAAGCUAGAGAGCAGCUCAGAGCAUCCAAACAGAGGAGGAAGGCAGACCGCAUUGUUCUUGAAUGUCAGGAGCAGGCCUACUGGCUCAUCAACAGACCCCCGCCUGGGGCACCAAAUGUGUUGGACAUGGGUCUGGAGAGACCAAAUAACUUCAGCUCACGAGUGACUCUGAACAGUGACUACUACAAAAGUGAGAUCGAAACCUGUAAAAGGGCCCUUGGAAGAAAUCGUGUAAAGUCAUCCAUCUGCCUAGAAGGUUUUGUGAAAUACAGCGAGCAGUACCUCAACCACGACCCCAUUAUGCAAGGCUGUCUUCCCAGCAACCCCUGGAUCUCUGAUGACACAGCACACUGGACGAUGAAUUCAGAAACGGUGCCUGUACCAACACGUUUACGAGUGGAGCGUUGGAGCUUCAGCUUCAUGGAGCUUCUCAACGAUUCCAUGGGAAGAAAAGAGUUCAUGACAUAUCUGGAGAAAGAGUUCAGCGCGGAGAACCUGUGUUUCUGGCAGGCGUGUGAGGAUGUCAGACAUGGAGAGAGUUCCAGGAUCAUCGAGAAAGUGGAAGAGAUCUACAAAAAUUUCCUGGCUCCUGGAGCUGCGCGAUGGGUCAAUAUCGACAGCAAGACGAUGGAUAAAACCCUAGAAGGGAUCAGACAUCCGCAUCGUUUUGUCAUGGACGAUGCACAAAUGCACAUCUACUUUCUCAUGAAGAAGGACUCUUACCCAAGAUAUCUAAAGUCUGACCUUUACAAGAACAUGCUAGCCAAAGCAAUUGUCCCUCAGGAGACAAAGAAAAGUGUUUUCCCCUUCAUGAGACGUCAGCGGCAUGCAAGUCCAUCCCCUGCUCAGGCUGCCAGUCACGGGACAGAGGAGGAUGGGCAUGCUAAGGGAGGCAGUCAAGCAGGUAGCAACUCUGGAGGCGGCUCCCAUGCCUGAAACUCAGGCCAAAAGAAAUGCACAAGGAGUGCUGAUGAGAGUUUUUUUCUUUAAUGUCCAGCUUUUAUCUUCACCCUGGCAACAUUAACAGGGUAAGGAUUUAAUGUUAGAGCCUCCUCUCAGAGCACAGGUGUUAAUACAAACCUCAGCAGCAUCACGCCAUAUUCUCAGAGCACGAACCGAGAAAAAUAGAGCUAGAAUUACAGUUACAGCCUUUACUGCUGCAUAUUUAUCCUACAUCUACACCUCUCUGUCCACAAAGUCUUUACUGUUCUUAAAGGCUUAAUAUGCAACAUUCUGAAUGCUGAUAGCGCAAAAAUCAGUCACACCAUAUGUAAAUAUAUUGUGGAGUAACGUCUUCCUAAUAAGAGAGGUCAGACUCCCUCUGAGUUUGUUUUCUCAGCUCUGCGCUCACACUUUCCUUGUUAUCAGGUGGAAGAAGAGUGAUGGCCCCAUCCAAUCAGGGACACUGUGUCUAGGGGUGUUAUGAUGGAGUGUGGUCAAAGGGGUACUACUGAAUGAGAACUUUUCAAAUAAAAGAAAAGAUUUCUUUGGUCUUAUGAAACAAACAGAGAGCAAAUUUAGAUGCUUAUAGAUACCUAAAGGGAUAUUUUGAUAAUUUUUAAGUUGGGUUGUAUGAGGUUACAACAGUAACAGAAUUACCCUCCAAUAAUUUUAGUGCGUGCUGUCCCUUUAAGCAGAUCAUGCUGGGGGCACCUGCCAGGAAGCUAGGCUAUAUAGCACAACAGAUGGGUACAGUCACUCCAUGUAAUUUAGUGAGUUUUAUGUGAAAAUGAGCCAAAAACCAGUGUUGGCUCUGUUGUACGCCUUGUUAAAAAAAUUGUUGAAGCAUUUUAUUUUUCAUCCGGAAAGUCUCUGUGUUUGCCACUAUUUUGCAAGCAACCUUUUGGUUACAUGCUAUUUCACCACACCGGACCCGUCUGCAGCGUUGUACAGCCUUGCUUCCAGGCAGAUGCCCUCAGCACGCUUUUCUUAAAGGGACAGUGCUCACUGAAAUAUCUGUAGGUCAAUGCCACUACUUUUGCCAAGUACAGUGCCUUUAAAAAGUCUCAAUCGGGCUUGCACAUCUGGACGCUUCAGUUUUACUCCACUCUUCUUUGCAAAAACUGCUCAAGCUCUGUCAGAUUGCACAGGAAUCAGACGUGAACAGCCAUUUUCAAGUCUAGCCACACAUUCUCUAUUGGAUUGAGGUCUGGGCUUUGACUUGGCCACUGUAACAUUCAUUGUGGUUGUCAUUAAACCAUUUCUGUGUAGCUUUCAGUGUUUGCUUCAGGUCAUAGUCAUGCGUGGAAAUAAAUUGCCUCCCAAGCUGUUGUUCUUUUGCAGACUGAAUAAGAUUGUCCUUGAGGAUUUUCCUGCAUUUUGUCUCAUCCAUUUUACCUGCCCAGAAGCAUCCCCACGGCAUGAUGCUUCACAGUGGGGAUGGUAUGUUUGUAGUGAUGUGCUUGGUGUCCACCAAAC